AUGACAGACAUUCAUUACAACGAGCAAGCUCUGCUCGAUCAGCUCAUGCUGUGCACAGAAUAUGUAGAUAGAGCAGAGAGAUACGAACUCCUUGGUCCCAUUUAUCGCCUUAUUAUACCAAUUUACGAAAGGAGAAAGGAUUACCAAGCACUCCUUACCGGUUACCAACAUUUGACCAAGGCGUACGCAAAGGUCAUCGAAGUUACAAAUUCUGGGAAGCGAUUGCUCGGAAGAUUUUAUCGCGUGGCGUUCUUCGGAAAGGCGCACUUCGGCGAGGAUGAAGAAGGCAUCGAGUUUAUUUAUAAAGAACCUAAACUGACGUCAUUGAGCGAGAUAUCAGAAAGACUUCAACAGUUUUAUGAACAGAAAUUGGGUUCGGGCUGCGUUAAGAUGAUUAUGGAUUCGGCGCCGGUAAAUCGUGACGAAUUAGACACCAAACUAGCGUAUAUCCAAGUGACCUGGGUUCGGGCAGCGCCCGAAGGUAUGCUGGCCUGCUCAUCGAGUGCUGAGGGUUCCUUCGAAAGAGCUCAUAAUAUCAGACGAUUCGUGUUUGAAACACCAUUUACGAGAGAUGGCGCUGCAAGAGGACCUGUACAUCAUCAAAGAUUGAGGCUUACACAUCUUACAGCCGAAAACUGGUUUCCAUACGUCAAACGGCGUAUACCGGUGAGCGAAUGUCAAGUUGAGGAGAAGAGUCCAAUAGAGGUCGCAGUCGCUGAAAUGGAGAGUCAAGUCAAUGAACUGAAUGAGAUCGUCCACGCUAAGACGCCUGAUUUGAAGAAGUUGCAACUCAGACUUCAAGGCAGCGUGUGCGUCCAAGUAAAUGCGGGUCCGAUCGCGUACGCGAACGCAUUUCUUGAUCCAACGCUCGCGCCCAUGUAUCCUGAUGACUUGGUGGACAAACUCAAGGCUACUUUCAAAGAGUUCCUAACCGUAUGUCACUCGGCCUUGCAACUUAACGCUAAACUGAUCAGUUCCGACCAACACUCCUACCACGAGGCUCUUGAAGCGAAUUAUCUCAAACUGAGCGAUUCUCUUUCUUCACUCUUAGGACAACCCUUACACGACAUACUCGUCAACGGUAACCUGAGUACCACAGUUACUGGCGUGGAACUUGAUUGUAGUAAUGCUUAG